ACACAAACACAAACUAAACUAACUAUUCGGAUUCGGCAGACAACUACUUACAAAGUCGUUCAGCACAAGCAGCGGUCUGUGUACCUUUCUUGUCGUGCAUUAGUGACGUUUUCGCUGAAAAGGGUGUUAAAAGUGAAGUGUCUUCCGUAAGUUCUCUGCAAAAUACUACCUGGUUCUUUAUUGGGAUUUACCAGCUGCCUGCAAUUACCAUAAAGGAGUACAUUGAACUCAAGAAGUUAACUCUUCUUAAAACUUAUCCGUCCAUAAGUUUAUAAGAACUAAAGGGAAACUAAGCAAGGAUAGAUAUUUAGACAAACCCAAUCAGCCAAAAUUUCACUCAAUGGAAAUAUAAAUAGAUGAAAAAUCCCACCAGAAGGAAAAAUGUCUUCCGCGAUCUGUCAAAAUUUCGUCCAAAAUGCGUGGAAGAAGGAACUUUGCUCAAAUUGCUUCAAAUCCAAGGACGAACACGCCGAAAAACCUAAACCAAAACCUAUUCAGCUCGUAUCAACCGAAAAGGUAGAGGGUAUCAUCAGAAACGGCAAGAAACUAAAACCCAAACUCACUGUUCACUUUCUCAAAGAAUUAACAGAGGUCAUUGGUUAUGGGGGAGAGGACUGGUGUUCCGAGAACGGAGAUGAAGAAGAGGACAGCGACAGCAGCGAGGACGAGGCCGUUGUGGAAUCCGAUGAAGAUGAAUCUACGAAAGAAUUGAAAAGGAUAACAAAAGAAAACACCGAUUUUAACACGACAUCUUUAGGGGAAGUCAAGGAAGUGAAAAAAACGUAUCCUCAACUGUUGUUGGGUAAACCAGUAGUGGACGCUUCAGGUAAAAAACAAACGUUGCUAGUUUCUGUAACACCAUUUGGUGAGGACAGUAGCACUCCCGUAAGAAAAUUUAACACAGCUAAAAGUCUGUCCCAUAUCCCGAUAGCAAAAAACAACAAAGACAUUAUAGCGGAGAAUAAAACGAGCAAUGUGGUACUCACUUCUUACUCAAAAAAUGAAGAGGAAAAAUUUGGGAAAGAGGAAAAGUCACUUUUAGACGAAAUAUCUGAAACGUUAGAGAAAAGUAAGAACCCUAUUCAGAUUAUGGCAAAGAAGAAGAUACAGAAAGACAUAAUUUUAACCGUUAGCGAUUCGAAUAAGGAAAAUAUCUCACAAGAGGUGAUUAAGGAGAAGGACGUGAAGAAAAUAGAAACAAAAGAUGAAGAAGUUGUGCUGGAAACGAAAGCUAUAGUCACGGAGAAGAAAAUAAGUUUAUCUCGCACCCCUGCUCUAAAAAGAGACGUGGAAAAACCGGUAGUGUAUCAAACCGCCACUGCUAAAAUAGAGAUAUUGAAUACAAAAAACUUAAAACUGAACAAGGAAACGGUGAACAAGGCAAAAACGGAGGUUAAUAAUAACGAGAAAACAGAACUAUUUGAAAACAAAAACGAGAAAAAAGAAGUGACCAACAACAUCAUAUCAACAACAAACCUCAUAAAGGCUGAAAUACUUAACUCUAGAUCUGAAAUUAGCGAAUCCAAGGAGAAAAAAGAUGAGAUUAACACGAAUGUGGCAGAAAAAAGUUCUGUAGAAGAAAAAGCGAAAGUUACGAACUCCCCACCAGUUUCGAAAUACAACAUGCCGUUUUCCCAAAGCAGGGAACAAGCGGGAAAACCCGACGGAAGGGAAGAUCCGGUAGCAACGGAGUUACCACCUUUACCCAUAACACCUCCACCCACCCUAGAGACUCAGACUUCUUUUUUACACAGUCCUGCUCCACCUAUCUAUGAAAAACCGAAGGUACCCUCGAAACCUGCGACAGUAUUAAUAAGGAAACCGCCAAAUCCUCACUUGAUACCCUCCCAGCCCAUGUCUACUUUCAACAACGACAAACCGUGCGACAAACUACCCCUUUCUAAGCAGGACUCCACCGAUUCAGACUCAAAAUCAAACAAGAGAAGAGCUCCGAAACCGCCAGAAGAAAGUAUAACGCCUCCUGUUUAUACUAGGAACUCCACAGGACUCGUUAAUAUAGAUUCUCCCGUUGUGCGGGAGAAGGAAAAAAGGGAAAGGGCUUCUUCUUGUACGCCUAAGAUGCUUGGUGUGAGCGACGUUUUGGACGAAAACGAUUAUAGUGCUCCUGAACCAGCACCUAGAAAAUCUCUGUCGAUUUCCACAGACAGCUUAACUGCGGGUACUGUCGAAGAGAAACGGAAAGAAAAGCAUAAAGGCAGGUUUUCUUUAAAGAAAUUUCUGCGGAUGGGAUCCAGUAAAGAUUUGCCCAAGGUAGCUAUUGACAAUACAGUGUUGAAAGUGGAAGAAUCUAUUGAGGCGGCUCCACAACCAAAACCCAGACUGGUCAUAGUACAUCCCAGCGAAUUAAAUGGCGCUAAGGUGGAAGUAUUAGCAAAACCCAUUCUCGACCAAAUGGAUUUUCAUUCACAGAAACACGAAUAUAGUUUUGUGAACGGUGAUUACGAACCUUGCAGUCCUAAAGCUACAAAACCACCGCCACCUCCUAGGAACUUUAGCGAAAUCAGUAGUACUACGAAACCCAACCUACCACACCCUCCAAAAUCCAUAGAAAUACUCAAUAAGCAAAGGCAGAUCUCCAGGAACGGCUCCAACACGAAGAAAGCGGAAACAGUGUACGCCAACAUAGGAGAGGUGCGUUCAGCCAUAGUGCCCAACAAGCCCGUCAGGACGGCUAGCAUGAGGGAGAGGGAAGCACAGCAGCAGAAGCAGCUGAGGCGCAACAUGCAUAACUACGAACCGAUAAAUAUACGCGGGAAAGACGCUUCUGAAAACGUCUACGAUUACAUCAACUCGACGCGCUCGAGUUCGCCGGACAGCGAUUCUAGUCGUGACAAGAAUAGUCCCAAAAACAAGACUGUUAGGUUAGGGAAGAGGUCGGAAAGCAGUAUCGACGUGUCAGGGGAGUACUUCAAGUACAGUAACAUACCCAGAAGCAUGUCUUUGACUUACUGCGGUAGCGAGACGGAAUCCGAGAUUUAUUCGCCGUACAGCUUCUACGGCAGCGAAUCAGAGGUGACCGAAGACGAUCAUGACUGGAUUCAGAAUGGUAGAACUCACAAACUAAGAUCUCGGAAAGGGAGAAGUAUUGUUCACAAAAAUCUCGAAGACAACUAUGGCGCUGUGAUAGUAGCCAAUCACGAGGCGCUAGCCCAAGUUCUUGAAAAUAUUCUACAACAAUCAAAUCACAUUCAGCCUGCUUUGAGGGGUCUGAAAACAUCCUCGAAUCUACGAUGGACCGAUUUUUCAAUAAAAUCAGGAAUUACACCUUCAAAAGUGGGUCGUAGGGUCUUCCAUCAAGCACUAUGGGGUGCACAACACGUAACACUAGUUGUGAACGCCGGCACGGUCACUUCAAGCACUCUUUCACUGGGUACUUUCAAUUUAACUCCGGUAACCGAAUUCAGCGAUUUGGUACCCCAAAAUUACCUGACGGAUUCAGAUGUCGGCAAGGAUAGCAACAAACAAAUACAAGCUACAGUGGGCGUGCUGCCUUGGUUACAGGUGAACACGAUCGAAUCCUUCAGUGAGGUGCUGAAAACCAAGGCACAGAACCACGAGGACAUGUGGAAGGACGCUAAUUUUGUCAUGCUGCAACUGGUCAACGCACUGAAAACACUACAGGCGCAAGGUAUAGAAGAAUUACCUUUAUCCUUGAAUUGUUUUGUGCUCUGUAAGGACGUGGACAGAGAUACCCACCAUCGACUUUGUGUUCUACAAGGAUUGGGCCCAGACAUGGCAAACAAAACCGACGAGGAGUACGGAACCCUCUGCAUGUGCGCUCUUAAGGCGCUAAACCUCCUACACCCUUCACCUAAAAUAACCCCCCUGAUCCACUCUCUCCUGAAUAAGGAACGUGCCGUUUCGCUGACUCAAGUCAAAAGCGUCCUGGAGUUCUCCCUUUGGGGACCCUCUGACGUAUGUCUCGGCAGCACAAUACGAGAACGAGAACUGGCAUUGCAGAGAUGGCUGGACCUGCAGCGGGCAACGGUUCUGCACGGGUUGGUGUGCGCCAGAGUGCAACUUACCGUUUACGAAGAGUGUCAUCUGUUGUUCUUGGUACGAAGCAACGCUAGGAUGAUGUGCGACGCCUCGCUACUCAUAGAGUCCAGUAAUAUGAAGCACUGCUUCACGAGCAACCAUAAGUAGUUACGUGUGCGGGCAUGUCGUAAUUACUGUGUAUUUGAUGUGGGAUGUUUUGUUUAACAAUUGGUCGCCCUGGAACUUUUUUAUUUAUGCACUGAUUUUAAUAGUUAGAUAGCUUUAGUGGCGACACAUUGAGGAUAUGUGUCACAUUCACAUUAAAAUUCAGUCAUUUCAAACUUUUCUUUUUUUUUUUUUUUGGUGCAAAAAUGGGAAACAAUUUCUGGAUGUUAUUUGAGCAAUACUUUCAUUAUUGGUUGUAAAAAAUAAUUUUUUGGACCCACUCAAAUGGCAAAUUUAACUUAUUAACUAAAAAUCAUUUUUUAUCAACUUUAAUGUAAAAUGCAGUUUUAAGAAUUCAUUUUAGGACGAAGGGUGACACGUAUCAUUAUUUCACGUCCACGUUAGUUUACAGGCUAAAUUACUUCACAUCUGCUGUAAUAAAUUAGCAGUUGUGAAAU